GCUUGGUGUAUGGAAAAGUUGAGAUCUCGAGUCCUCAGAUUUGUUGCGGCCCCUGAUGAAGUUUGUUUGCUGGUACAUCCGUCCACGUUUCAGAUCAAGUGCUUUAUCUUGGGAAAAGGGUUUACCCAUGCCUGUGCCGUGGUAAGUAGCCGGUGGUUUAACUAGCCCUGUUGCCGCUCUUUGAGUUGUGCCACGGAUUUGAUAUUUUGAUCCUUUCACCAUCUUUCGUCACCAUGCUUCCGCCAGGUAUAUCCACAGUUGUUCUCGUGGCUUUUUCAGCGUCUCAGCUUACCUACUCCACGGUUCAGUUCGCAACUGCCUGGCGACUGAAUCUGAAUCCCCAGAAUCUCGACCUCCGAUCCGAACCUUCCCCCGUCCGACGCCUCCUACCAAACGCGAACGAGAAGUUAGCACACGUAGUCGAAGAGGUCAGGUCUACCCAUAUUAGUUCCUCAACAUCUAGUUCCUCAACAGAACCACCGCCUCCCCCUCCUCCCACCGAAACCACAGCCACCAUCCCCCCCGGCAACCCCGGCAACCCCUCCACCGGCGAGUUAGGCGGUGGCACCAUCCCCGGCAACCCGUCCAACGUCGUCACCUCGCUCCUCUGCGGCGAAGCAUGGCAAGCGCAAAACGGCGCGGUGUCAUGGGCAAACUACGGCGGGAUCAUGAAGGUGAUUAAGGCCGUUAGUAUCAGCCAGGCGGAGGCGGUGUGGAAUGCGAAGGAUAUGAAUCCGCAGAAGUUCGGGGAGGUGGUGAAGGUGGGGGGUGAAGGAGAGGAAGGCGGAGGGGCAGGGGCAGGGAAGGGGUGUACGGAGGUGGGGUGUAAGGGGGAGAGUGGCGUUUGGUGGUGUGGUGAGAACGAUGGCCCGGUGGAGAUUGAUCGGAUGUUUAGUGUUUUGUGGGGGGCGAAUUAUAUCCUUGAGGAGUGUUUCCCUUUUGUGAACAGGGAGGACGGGAAGGCUAUGAAGGAAAUGCAAGUUGCUGGUCAGGUGUUCUUUGCGGGUGGGUGGUCGGUUAUUGUCAAGGGUGGUAUGUGCAAGUAGACCUAUGUAGGUACCUAGUCGGGGGUCUGAGGAUGUUGGCGUAUGUAAGGUAGACAGGUCUUUGUUCAUAUUAUUUCACUGUACUUUGUGAUCUUC